ACGCUGCCCGGGUAACGGAGUUUUGGGGUUGCACAGAAUGUUGCCGGCGGCCAAGGAACUCCCGCCAUUUUUCAAUCUGGAUGUCGCACUCCUGUUUGUUUUUACAGCUCUUUGUACAUCGCCGCGUAUUUGGGGAUAAUAUAAGAAAUAACAAGGACCAUCAUCAGCCUCGCUGGAGGAGUCAAACCAAGGUAUCUCAUCCUGACCGCGGGAAAGCGCGCCAGACCCCCUGACGAGCGCCUUCGUUUUGGCUACUGCUCCGUUCAGGAGCUCAGUUGGACUUACUUUUCUUUUAUCUCCGUUUUUAGGAAGGUCUUUUCCCUUUUCUGGUGAAUACCCAUAUUUUCAAUACUGGAACGUAUAACAUCUUUUGCGCCGAGUCGGGGCCAUGACAUCAUCGGCUCAUAGUAGCCAGCCCCGUUCCUGACCAGCCUGCUAUGUGUUAUUGUUUUGCGCUGAGGAUCAAACCAGCCAACCGCUAGCUAGCUAGCCGGCUAGCUAUGUACCCCACGCGUAUUGGGUACCCGGGAAACGUGGGAGGAACUUCGUAAUACCGGCGCUACGGAUACAUGUUAAAACUGUUUUGUGUUUUUAAGGGAAUCCAGAGCAAGCUGUUAGGGACGUAUUUAUUUAUUUAUCAGUGCUUGCCGCUCUCUCGCUAUGGCACCGUUGCUGGGCCGGAAGCCUUACCCGCUGAUUAAGCCUAUAGCCGAGCGGCCAGGCCCAGGAGAAGAUGUCUACAUCAUCGAGCACACCAAGGAGGCCUUCAGGAACAAAGAGGAAUACGAGGCGCGCCUUCAGAAGUACAGCGAGCGCAUUUGGACGUGCAAGAGCACCGGGAGCAGCCAGCUGACGCACAAAGAGGCCUGGGAGGAGGAGCAGGAAGUCACCGAGCUACUUAAGGAGGAAUAUCCGGCAUGGUUUGAAAAGCCAGUUUUGGAGAUUGUCCAUCACAACACCGUAUCUCUGGACAAGCUCGUGGAUCAAGCUUGGCUGGAGAUCCUCACAAAGUAUGCCGUGGAUGAAGAAUGCGAUUUCUUGGUAGGGAAGGAGAAGAGCUUGCGAGUGAAGGUGGUGAAGGUGCAUCCCCUGGAGAAGUCUGAGGAGGAAACCCCUGAAAAAAAGCUUGACGGAGCAUGCGAUUCUCCCUCGAGUGACAAGGAGAAUGCCAGCCAGGAGAACCAGAAGAAGGACUCUUCUAAGGAGGAAGAUGGCAAGAGGGAAAGCCUCUGUGAGCGAGCUCGCCGGUCGCCCAGGAAGCUCCCCACCAACCUGAAGGAAGAGAAGAAGAAGUGGGUGAUGCCGAAGUUCCUGCCACACAAGUAUGACGUGAAGCUCAUCAAUGAGGACAAGGUGAUCAGUAACGUGCCAGUGGACAGCCUCUUUCGCACGGAGCGGCCACCCAACAAGGAGAUCAUGCGCUACUUCAUCCGCCACACAGCUCUGCGGCUGGGCACGGGAGAGAGCUCCCCCUGGGUUGUGGAGGAUGAACUGGUCAAGAAGUACUCUCUGCCAAGCAAAUUCAGUGAUUUUUUGCUGGACCCACACAAGUACUUUGCAGAGAACCCCACAGCUAAACGGAGAAGCUUAAGCACUUCGGAGGCUAAAGCGUCGAAGAGGCAGAAGAUGGCAGGAGGGGAUGCUGGUGUGAUGAACGAGGGGGGGGAGAAGCUGAAAAAGAAGAAGAAAGCCCCGCUUAGCACACAGCUGAGCCCAACCAUCUGGGGUCAUGUGCAGAUCAAAAAGAUGAACGGCUCCCCUCUGAAAGUGAAGAACUCUGGGACUCCCAAGAAAUUCGGCGACGGCGGAGAGGCCGGCGAUGUCAUUCUUUUGACGCCGGGCUUUCAGAAGGGCCCAAAGUCUAGCAAGAAGCAGGGCGACAAGAAGCAAAGUGAGCCCAAGAAGAGCAGGAAGAGCGGGGUCAGGAACUCCAGUAACCAGAAGACCAAGAAGGACGGGAAGGGAGUGAAGAGCCCUAAGAUGAAGCAGAUGACCCUGCUGGACGUGGCCAAGAACAGGUCCAGCGUGAGCCCCAAGAAGAAGGCCAGGAGCACUCAGGGAACCCCCAAGCUGGGGAAGCCCCUGCCUCCCAUGGCGCUGCACCUCCUGCGCUACUACAAGGAGAACAAGGGCAAGGAGGACAAGAAGAGUGCCCUCUCCUCACUCAUCUCCAAAGCGGCUAAGGUACUGACGCCGGAAGACCGCGGCCGGCUGCCAGAGGAGGUCCGUGUCAUGGUGCAGAAGCGGUGGGAACUGCUGGAGCAGAAACGGCGCUGGGCGGCCAUGAGCGAGGAGGAGCGACAGGACGAGCUGCGCAGGAAGCGUGAGGAGUUGAAGGAGAAGCUGCGGGAGAAGGCCAAGGAGCGGCGCGAGAAGGAGAUGCUGGUGCGGAGGGAACAGCAGAGGAGAUACGAAGACCAGGAGUUGGAGGGAAAGAGCCUGCCCAACUUCAGGCUGGUGGACAUGGCCGAAGGCAUCCCCAACACGCUCUUUGGCGAUGUUGCCAUGGUAGCAGACUUUCUGAAUUGCUACUCUGACCUGCUGAUGCCGGACGACCAGUACACUGUCACGGCAGCGGGGCUAAUGGAGGCCCUCGGCACAGAGCGGGGUGGCUUCUUCUACCUGAAUCGUGUGCUGGUGAUCCUGCUGCAGACGCUUCUCCAGGACGAGUUGGCCGAGGGUUACCGCGAGCUGGACAUGGCACUUUCCGACAUCCCGCUCACCAUGCACUCCGCCUCCGAGCUGGUGCGCCUCUGCCUGCGCCCGCAGGAUGCCUGCGCUGACGGCAGCACCUCCGAGGACUCGGCCGACCCCGACCCCGACGACGCCGUGAGCACCGAGAUCCUGGAGAAGCUGGAGACGUCGGAGGUGUUCGAGCUGAGCCCGCAGGAGAAGGCCGUCCUGCUGGUGGCGCUGUGCCACCGCAUCCUAAUGACCUACUCGGUAGAGGACCACGUGGAGGCCAUGCAGCAGCGCUCCGCCGAGCUGUGGAAGGAGCGCCUGGCCACGCUCAAGGAGGUCAACGACCGCAAGAGGGCCGAGAAGCAGAAGCGCAAAGAGGAGAUGGAGGCCAAAGGUGCCUCGGCAGGCUGGGUCAAGCUUGAGGGCGGCGGGGGGUCUGCCCCGGUGUCCUCGGGGAAGGCUGACAAAAAGAAAGAAGGCGGGGGUAAGAAAGACCCCCCCAAGGCCAAGUCGCUGCCCCCGCCUGCCGAAUCGGAGCCUGAUGACCUGAUCAGCACCGUGAAGAGCAGGAGGCUUCAGACCAUCCAGGCUAAGAAGGAGAAGGAGGAACAGGAGAGGAUCAACAAGGAGCGGAUGGUGAAGGAGGCAGAGGAGGAGCGCGUGCGCAAGCAGAAGGCCGCCGCGGAGCGAACCUUCCAAGAGGGCAUCAGGAAGGCCAAGCUGGUCCUGCGGCGAGUCCCACUGGGCACAGACCGUAACCACAACAGGUACUGGCUGUUCUCUGACGUGGUGCCAGGUCUGUACAUAGAAAAGGGCUGGGUGCACGAGAGCAUCAACUACAGCUUCACUCCAUCCCCCGAGGAGGUGAAGGAGGAGCCCAGCGUGGAGGAGGAGAAGGAGGAAGAGGAGUGUGACGUAGAUGAAGUUGCCCAGACGUCGCCGCAGGCUGCCCCACAGUCCUCUGUGGAGACGAGCGUCCCCAAACACGGGCAGAACCUCUGGUUUGUGUGUGACACUACGCGGGAGCUGGAGGAGCUGAUGGGGAGCCUCCACCCUCAGGGAGUGAGGGAGAGUGAGCUCAAGAGCCGCCUGCAGUACAGAUACCAGGACAUCCUGCGCUCCAUAUGCUUGGCUCGCAAGCCCAACCUGGGCCUGAAGACCUGCGACGGCCAGCAGGAGCUGCUCAAGUACCUGCGCAGUGACAUCAUGGAGGUGGCGUCGCGUCUGCAGAAAGGGGGCCUCGGAUACAUGGACGACAUCUCCGAGUUUGAGGAGAAGGUACGUUCUCUGGAGAACCUGAAGGACUUUGGCGAGUGCGUCAUCACCCUCCAGGAGAGCGUUAUCAAGAAGUUUCUCCAGGGCUUCAUGGCUCCCAAGCAGAAGAAGAAGCGAAAGCAGGCAGGGGAGGAGAGCAGCAAGGCAGAGGAGCCGGACGAGGAGAAGAAGCUGUCGGAGGAGGCGCGGGUGGCGACGGCGGUGGAGAGGUGGAAGACCGCCAUCCGCGAAGCACAGACCUUCUCGCGCAUGCACGUCCUACUAGGCAUGCUGGAUGCCUGCAUCAAGUGGGACCUCUCCGCGGAGAACGCACGCUGCAAAGUGUGCCGCAAGAAAGGAGAGGACGACAAGCUGAUCCUGUGUGACGAGUGCAACAAGCCCUUCCACCUGUUCUGCCUCCGCCCCGUGCUGUACUCCAUCCCUGACGGGGAGUGGCUCUGUCCUGCCUGCCUGCCUGCCGGGGCGCGCCGCUGCUCUCGUGGCAGGAACUACAAAGAAGAAUCUGAAGAGGAAGAGGACUCUGAGGAAGAGUCUGAGGAAGAAGAGGAUGAUCCUCAGGAAGAGGAAGAGGAGGAAGAUGAUGACUUCAAGCCCAUUGGACACAGCUUGAGACCGCGGAAGGCGACCAAAGGGAAGCAGUCAUCCUCCCGCUCCAAGCAGCCCAGCAGGGCGGCGGCCAAGAAGCAGUUGCCCCGCGGAGGGAGGGCUAGGGCCUCGGCAGGCAGCCUCGCAGAGCCCGAGGAGCCGGUACGGCAGAGCUCCAGGAUGGGUGGCCGGAGGCACAACGUGGAGUUGGAAAAGUGUGAGGACGUUCUGCAGAAGCUUAUAAAGUACCGCUGCAGCUGGCCGUUCAGAGAGCCAGUGUCCCCUGAAGAGGCGGAGGACUACCUGGACAUCAUCUCCCAUCCCAUGGACUUCCAGACCAUGUUGCAGAAGUUCGCAGAAGGCCAGUACCGGCACAGCAGCGACUUCCUGGAGGACAUGAAGCUGGUGUUCUCCAACGCGGAGGAGUACAACCAACCGGGCAGCGUUGUGCUGUCCUGCAUGGCCAAGACAGAGCAGACCUUCGUGGAGCUGCUCCAUAGGAUGGUGCCGGGCCUGAGCUACCUGCGGAGGCGGCCCAGGAGGCGUCAGGGGCGAGUGGAGGAGGCAGCCCGGGGUGCGGGGCGGACUGCCAGGCGGGGGGAGGAAGAGGAGGAGCAGGAUGAGGAGCCGCCCGGCCGGCAAACCAGGCGGGGGCGUGUGGCACGGCUGGCCUGCGAGGAGAGCGACAGCGAGGAGGAGGAGGAGGAGGAGGUGCGCUCACGGAGGACCGGCAGACGUGCUGUGGCCGCCGCCCACAGGGAUGAGCGCGAGCCGGAGAGUGACGGCGAGCGGAAGGCGGGACGGCCGCGUAGGGGGGCGCGAUGUGGGCCGGAGGGCAGGAGACCCUCGCCCCUCAAGAGGGGGGAGGCUGAGGAGGAGAGCAGCGAGGAGGACAAAGCCAGCCAGCGACAUUCCAAACGGCAGAAGCUGCUCACAUGAGGAGCAGAGAGCAGAGGGGAUUUGCAUUCUCUUUGUCUGGGUGAUACUGAGAUCCUGCCGUUUAUGUCCACAAGUCACACAACCCCUUCCCCCAUUUCCUUUCUGUCCAUCUUUUGAAAAUCUGAUUUUAAUACCUGUAAUGUUAACAUUGGUGUAACCCCCGUCCUCGGCCCCGAAAACGGACAGAAUGUUUCAGUAUUGAGUGAAGUGAGCGCUUUUAUAAAACAAUUUCCUUUAUCCUGUCUGUAUGUUUUGGUAUCCUGAUCAUUAAAAUGGACCGCUCGGUGAUCUGGGCCCGUGGCUCUGGCACGAGUUUAAUGCUGAAGGAGGGAACUUUGAUGCAGAUGUGGGAGGGGCGGGGGGCUGGCAGCUGUGGGGGGAGAGGGAGAGGGAGCUCGCAGCUGUGAAUUAAACUUGUAACUCUUUGGACUCUUUAUUCAACACUGAAACACUGGCGUCCCGUUUCCUGGCUCCAGCUGAGUUUGGGCCCAGUCUUAAAACUCACUCUGGAUAUUCUUUUUCUUUUCCCAUAUGCAACAAUCUGAUCACUGCUAUAAUUAUGCAAUUUAUUAUUUUUUUUUCCAUUCUAAUGAAAUACUUUUUUCAGAAAGCAGCUCUGGUGCAAGUCCCUUCUGCUUUAAGCCAAUACUGGAAAAGGUGCAAGUUCUAUGUUUGUCUCGACAAAUCCAGGUAAACGUGCUGUUCCUGUUGGCAGGAAUCAAACUUGAAUUUAAAUUGACCUUUUUUUUCGUUUUGGGUCAGCAGAUGGCGCUAUAUGUGUGCAGUGUCUCCAGUGAACUGCAGUUAUAACAAUUCUACCUCUUACUUACCUCAUCGUAAAUGAUAUUGGACAGUAACACCCCCGUGGACCCAUUUAUAAUACCAAUUUUUAGGUAAUUCUAUUUCAAGAUGUCAAAAUAGAACUGACAACUUUUUGUGUUUCCUGCAAACCAAAAGAAAAUAUCGGCCUGGUCUGCUCUUGGUUCUACAGCAGUUGGAUUAUAUUUUUGUUGAACCCCUUUUUAUAGACAUGGGUUUGAAGACGUACGGUACAUUUUUGGCGUAGAAGGCGGACAGCCUAUGAUUAGCCAUUUCAAGCCGUGUCAAACCACAAUCCAGUUCUAUCUGCCAGCUGUGUGCCCAGGUCCCAGUUUAGAUUGGCUGAACCCUCUCCUCUCCAUUGGUCACCAAACAGGUGACUGGUAUCUUUGUUUUAAUUUCACACUGCUAUUUGUCAUCUGCAGAAUAAAUAUUAGGCAGCCAUCAUCAGCCCUUCUAAUAGAAACGUAUUUGCAUGCUGUUUGCUUCUGUUUGCCUUAAAUCAGGCAUUGCUGGUUUAAUAUGUUAAAACCUUAAAUUGUUACUUAAAUCCUUUAGUCCUCAGUUUUAGCAACUUGAUAUUUAACGAUAUCAAGAGUAUAUUUUAACCGUCUUGCGUAGUCCUUCCCUCGCCCUGCGCAGCACUGAAGGUGUGGUUUGGCGCUCUGACCACUAGGUGUUGCUCUUGUCUCGCAAUAAUGUAGGUUUGCGGUCAAACGAGUCUGAAGGCUUGUUCUCCGAACCAGCCCCUGGUUGCCCUCUGACCUCUCUCUGCGCUUCAUGUGGCCUCCUGUCCUGCCAGCGGCUGGACAGCCGAGUAGCUGGUGGUGUAGAGAAGGUCCAGGCUCUGCUAGCUUGGGCCCCGCAUCGCGCAUAUCCCAUCUCUUCUUUCAGGCACUUGAAUUCUCUUCUCCAGUAGCCACGUUAAAUAUCUUACAUUAGCUUUCAUCUGUCGCAAAGCUUUUUUUGAGCUAUAUAUUUGCAGGGACGCCCUGUUGUUUUUAUGGCUGGAUUUGGAUGUGAUGUCAUCGGGGGGGGGGGGGUACACAAGUCUGUUGACUGUUGCCCCCAUUUAUAGAUCAGUUGUACAUGCUUUCUUUGUUUACUCAGACUCAAAGUCUGCAAUGACUCUGUUUUUAUAGGCCCUGAAUAGGCUAAGAUGAACAAGUUGGACUCCAUUGUAAUUCUAAAUAAAAAUAAAUAAGCAUUUUAAUUUUA